UCGGGAGUCACUGUUCUCUCUCACUCUCUCUCUCUAUCAGUGACUAAUUUAUGAUAACAUGUUCGUUUUGCCACUGCAACUAACUACUCCGUUCCCUUCAAUCCACGUCAAUUAUUUCCCCGUCCACCUCCACCGCCACCAUCACCGCCACCACCACCACCGUGUCUUCCAACCACCGCUGUCCUCCGCAAACUUCUCAUCAUUCAGACCAAUCAUCGUGGACGAGGGUCCAAACGACAUUCUUUCCCUUCAAAACCGCCACUAUGACUUCACUCCCCUCCUCCGUUUUCUCUCCGAUUCCAAUUCAUCCACCACCGAUUCCGACUUGAACUCGGCUUCCCCGACUUCACUUGACUCAACUGAGUUCCAACUCGCCGAAUCUUACCGAGCCGUCCCAGCUCCACUCUGGCACGCGCUCCUCAAAUCUCUCUGCUCCUCUUCCGAUUCCAUUGGAUUGGCAUACGCCGUCGUUUCUUGGGUCGAGAAACACAACCUCUGCUUCUCCUACGAGUUGCUCUACUCCAUUCUAAUCCACGCGCUUGGGCGCUCCGAAAAGCUUUACGAAGCAUUCUUGCUUUCUCAGGGACAAGUGCUAACUCCUUUGACCUACAACGCGUUAAUCAGCGCGUGUGCUCGUAAUGGUGACCUUGAGAAGGCUCUGAACUUAAUUUCAAAGAUGCGCCGCGACGGUUUCCAUCCAGAUUUUAUGAAUUACAGUUCAAUCAUUCAGUCCCUUACUCGCUCUAACAGAAUAGAUGCUCCAAUUUUGCAGAAGCUUUAUGGAGAGAUUCAAAGUGAUAAGAUUGAGGUUGAUAGUCACCUACUCAAUGAUAUCAUAAUGGGUUUCUCAAAAGCCGGUGAUCCUACUAGGGCUAUGCAUUUUCUUGCUAUGGCUCAGGGUAAUGGCUUGAGCCCCAAAUCAGCAACUUUUGUUGCUGUUAUUUUAGCAUUGGGAAAUUCGGGUAGGACCGUAGAAGCUGAAGCGUUGUUUGAGGAGAUUAAAGAAAGUGGUUUGGAACCCAGGACAAAGGCUUAUAAUGCACUCCUUAAAGGGUAUGUGAAAACGGGUUCUCUGAAAAAUGCGGAAUUUAUUGUGUCUGAAAUGGAAAAAGGUGGUGUUUUGCCGGAUGAGCACACUUAUAGUCUGUUGAUUGAUGCAUAUGCACAAGCAGGAAGAUGGGAGAGUGCUAGGAUUGUGUUGAAAGAGAUGGAGGCAAGCAAUUUGCAGCCUAAUUCGUAUGUUUAUAGUAGAAUCUUGGCGAGUUUUCGCGACAAAGGGGAGUGGCAGAAAUCGUUUCAAGUUCUGAAGGAGAUGAAGAGCUGUGGGAUACAACCUGAUAGGCAGUUUUACAAUGUGCUGAUAGAUACUUUUGGGAAGUAUAAUUGUCUUGAUCAUGCAAUGUCAACGUUUGAGCGAAUGCUAUCGGAGGGGAUUCGACCUGACACUGUUACGUGGAAUACAUUGAUCGAUUGUCAUUGUAAGUCGGAGCGCCAUGAUAGAGCAGAGGAGUUGUUUGAGGAAAUGCAGCAGGGUGGAUACUCACCUUGCAUCAUGACCUAUAACAUUAUGAUAAAUUCCAUGGGGGCACAGGAAAGAUGGGACCAAGUAACUAACUUGUUAACCAGAAUGCAGAGUCAGGGAUUACUACCCAAUUCAGUGACAUACACAACUCUGGUUGAUAUAUAUGGAAAAUCAGGAAGAUUUAAUGACGCAUUAGAAUGCUUGGAGGUCUUGAAAUCUACGGGAUUCAUGCCGACUUCCACCAUGUAUAAUGCCCUAAUCAAUGCCUAUGCACAAAGGGGUUUGUCUGAACAAGCAGUAAACGCAUUCAGGAUGAUGACUGCUGAGGGUCUGACACCUUCUUGUUUAUCUCUCAAUUCAUUAAUUAAUGCAUUCGGUGAAGAUAGAAGGGAUGCUGAAGCCUUUGCUGUACUGCAGUACAUGAAAGAAAAUAACUUGGAACCUGAUGUAGUUACUUAUACUACGCUUAUGAAAGCUUUGAUUCGUGUUGACAAGUUCCAUAAGGUUCCAUCUGUGUAUGAAGAAAUGGUUAUGUCAGGGUGCACUCCAGAUAGAAAAGCUAGAGCAAUGCUGCGAUCUGCUCUUAAAUACAUGAAGCAGACACUGAAAUCAUAAUUAAAUUAUCAAGCACAUUCACAAAGCCAAAACAGAGUCAACUUUGCUCACCUGGUGUACUUGGUUAUAAUUCUGGAGACUAGUAUAGAUGGCGCGCAGCUCAUCCUGGAUAUGUAUGCUCUCCAAUAGUGCUUGAAUAAGAAAAGAAGUUGCAGAAAUCACGACAUGGAACUCCCUUCUGUACCCCCCAAAAAAUAUUCAUGCAGAGAAACGCAUAGAAAGUUAAUUGGCUUUCCCUAAUGCUGUACUAAUGUGUCUAUCAAUCUUUGGGAUUAAUAAGUUUAAUGUAAGUAAAAUUUAAAAUUUAUAUGUAAGAUGCAUAUUUCAUGAUCAUAAAUGGGAUUACAUUAUAAAAAGAAAAAGGAAGAGUGAGUGUGCAAGCAUUUCAUUUACAUUUGCAAUGUGGUUCUGCACUCGUUGUAGUUACAUAGAGCACUGAAUCAUGCUAUUUCUUCGUCGAAAGUCGGAUGAAUAAACUGCUAUUGUAUUUGUUUAUAUAACAAUGGAGAC